CGUCCGAUACUUCGGUCAAUUCCGGCGACUAGGAACUAGCGGCGGACAACAUGACGGGUUUACGUGGAGAAUCGAAGCGAACUCGAUGACCUCCUGGCAUUGCAAAAUAUGAUCCCGGGACCACACAAUUCUUGACCAAAACUCAGGAUACACUUCCUGGCCUAUAAAGUAGAGGUUGCCUUGGAGCUGGACUGAUACUUCCCUUCGUCUCUCCAGAUAUGUGCCUUUAUCGACAGGUUAGAAACGUCUACACGCGCUGUGGCCACGGCGUAACUUUGCCUGACGAAGAGAUUAAAUGCGACCUCGUCCAGUGCAAAUUCAGUACGACGCACCCGAAGACUUGCAAGCCUCCUUCAUGCCGCCGAACUUGUUGGCAAUACCGUCAAUUUCCGCAACAAUACUCCCCCAACAUCAACGCUUUGUGCCCUCAGUGUAGUAGUAGCGGCAGAACAUGACGAAGCAACAAGAUCCUGUUUUGUACACGUACUUGCGCUGUGCCGGGGCGUACAAACUUGUUGUCGACCAGAAAGUGGGU